GGUUUUGAUGCAAUGAUGCAGGUGAGACUUUGUAGAGAGAAGACCACUGGUAAUGUUUAUGCAAUGAAAAAGCUUAAAAAAUCUGAAAUGCUUCGGAGGGGCCAGGUGGAGCAUGUGAAAGCUGAAAGAAAUCUUCUUGCGGAGGUUGACAGUGCUUACAUUGUCAAGCUCUACUGCUCUUUCCAAGAUGAAGAGUUUUUGUAUCUUAUCAUGGAGUAUCUUCCUGGUGGAGACAUGAUGACUUUACUUAUGCGUAAGGACACACUGACGGAAGAUGAGGCCAGGUUUUAUGUUGCAGAGACGGUUUUGGCAAUUGAGUCUAUUCACAAACACAACUAUAUUCAUAGGGAUAUAAAGCCAGACAAUUUAUUGUUAGACCGAAAUGGUCAUAUGAAGCUUUCAGAUUUUGGGUUGUGCAAACCUCUUGAUAGCAGUAGUUUUCCAAACCUGAAUGAGCCUGAUUAUGCAACGGGAAGAAAUAUCAAGCCUCCAUUAGAUAGCAAUAAGCAGAUGAGCACCUCCCCUGCACCUAGGCGUACACAGCAGGAACAGUUAUUGCAUUGGCAGAAAAAUAGGCGAUUGUUGGCUUAUUCAACUGUUGGUACCCCUGAUUACAUUGCUCCAGAAGUUUUAUUGAAAAAAGGAUAUGGAAUGGAGUGCGACUGGUGGUCACUUGGAGCAAUUAUGUACGAGAUGCUUGUGGGUUACCCACCAUUCUAUUCUGAAAAUCCAAUGUCAACCUGCAAAAAGAUUGUAAAUUGGAGAAAUUACUUAAAAUUCCCUGACGAGGCAAAGCUUUCACCUGAAGCUAAAGAUCUCAUCUGCAGACUCCUGUGCAAUGUAGAGCAAAGGCUUGGAACCAAAGGGGCCCAUGAAAUAAAGGCACAUCCAUGGUUUAAAGGCAUCCAGUGGGACAAACUGUAUCAGAUGAAAGCUGCUUUCAUACCUGAGGUUAAAGAUGAAUUGGACACUCAGAACUUUGAGAAGUUUGAGGAGAUUGCAGCACCAAUGCAAACUUCAUCAAAGUCUGGCCCAUGGAGAAAGAUGCUCUCGUCCAAAGAUGCGAACUUUGUGGGCUAUACUUACAAAAACUUUGAAAUUGUGAAUGAUCAUCAAGUUCCAGGCGUUGCUGAGUUAAAGAAAAAGAGCAACAAGCUGAAGAGGCCAACCAUCAAAACGUUGUUUGAGUCAGAUACAACAGCUACUCGGAAUCAGCCUGCCCAAGGGAGCUUUCUCAACCUGUUGCCAACACGGUUAGAGGUGUCUGAAAGCCUUGAACAGUCUCCUCAUUCCAGCAUUUCUUCUCCAGAUCAAUCUCAAUCUCGACAUAGAUAGUGAAAAGCGUUUCACCAGCUAACUGUUCAUAGCCAAAUCAAAUUUAAAAGAAAUGAGUUUCCUGUUUUGUUAUACUGUUCAGUAUCUGAGUUUUUGUAACCCUGUUCGUUCCAUAUAUCCUUGUGUUGGACCUUCCAUCCCUCUCCCAUCACUCUGGAGACAGGAAGGUUGAGGUAUCAGUUUGGUUCCCUUGUAAAUUUGCAUUGCUGUUUAAGAAUGGAAUUAGAUUUUUUAAUUCUUGUAAUUUGAAUCUUUUACCAAUGGGAAGAAUGCUUAAAAUUUAAAUCGA